CGAUUUGAUAAGGUUACGCGACAAUUUUACAAGUGCAUUUUAGCUCUUAAACCUCAGUAAUAUUCUAAGACAAGAUGCAGGGUAUGACAUUCCAUGGCGGCAUCACGGAGACGAUUCUGUUUAACGGCUGGCACAUAAAUAAUGUGUCAGGAAUGAUUAGUUCCGUCAUUGGCAUUAUUCUCCUAACUGCAAUAUACGAAGCACUAAAAUCUUAUCGCGAAUCUCUUUUCGCGCGCACGGCAUUCCUUAGGAAGAACCAAAGAGAAUCUAGAAAUGCAUUAUUGUUCUCCAAAGUGCAUUUUUUUCAAACGUUUUUGCACGUGAUUCAAGUAGUGCUUGGCUAUUUUAUUAUGUUUAUUUUUAUGACGUACAACUAUUGGUUUUGCAUUGCCGUCGGAGUUGGAACAGCUGUCGGAUAUUGGUUAUUUGCGUGGGAAAAAUCUAAUAAUGACAAUACAAAUUGUUGCUUAUAA